CUUUUCUUCCACGUGGAGGAAGUGCCGUCUGCUUGUAUUUAACUGUUUACCCAGCGUUUUGGUGGCGUCAUGGAUAAUGAUGACGACGAUAUGUCCAGUUCUUUGAAACGUUUGGAGGAAUUGUUGGUGUUGAUUACAAAGAGCACCCACAAUCGCUACAUAGCACUGGAUGAAGAAGUGGAUGAGGAAUCAGUCAAACAAUGGUUUUAUCAGCUGAUAGAAGAUUUCAAGAUGACAACCUCUGGAUUAGACUACCAAGCAAGAGCCAAAGGACACACAUAUAUUGUCCCCCAGUUCUUCAAACUGCUACAAGAGUGUUUCCUGACCCAUAACUGGCAAGGAGCUGUUAAAAUACUGCAAGCUCUGGCUUACGAACCAAAAGGAACAUCACAGACGAUUUGGAAGGCAGGUAUGGAAGUGAUGUACAGCAACGCUAAAGAAAAUGAUGCAUUCAUAUCACAGUUGUUCAGGCAGUUGAAACUUUUUAAGGACUUGCAUGCCGAGGAUGUGAUACUUGAGUAUGUGAUGUACCUCUUGCAGCAGGGGAGAGUGUCAGAUGCUGCAGCCGCCUCCAGACUCAAGGAUAAAAGAAAGUCCAGCUUUGACAGAACAGUGAACCUGCCAGCCCACCCUCCUUUCGUCUACAAGGCCUACAAGGGGCUGGUGUAUUACAUUGAGUGGCUGCAACUCAAACACAGCAUGCAAGGGAAAGAAACUGAAGGAGAGAUGUGGCAAUCGUCAUCCCAAGCUAACUAUGAUGAGAUGAAGAUUGUCCACCAUGCCAAGAAGGCCAUCAAGCUGAUGGACGAUGUGUGUGACCAGCCUGGGGUGUGGGACACUUUCAUUGUUAAACUCACACAGAUGAAGGAGGAGAUUGAGGGGAAGGAUGCUGCGCUGAGUGUGCUGACCAGAUACCGGGACCAGAACCCAGACAACCCCAACUCUCACCGAUACAUCUACGACUUCUAUGUCAAACAUGGCUCUUCAGAUGAAGACAAGAUAGGGUGCCUUAAGGGGCUUGUGAAAAGGGAUCCAUCUAAUCCUCUCAUAUUAAAGUUGUGUAACCUUUUGAAUGAAUGUCACUCAGUCGGGAGUCUGCUGUUCAACCUCCUGGACUACUGCAACUGGCAACACAAAUUGACUCCAUGGAAAAAGUUUAGGAAAUACUUGCAACACAUAUACUCUAGCAAGUUGAAACUAAACAUCUCUGUGGUGGAAGACUGCUGGCGUGAGCGCGAGUCCUGGUGGCCUGCCUACCAUUUUACACUGAAGAGUGGUGGCUGUGCUGACCAGGCUGAUAUAGCAGUGUUGUGUGAGAAAGCUGCCUGUGCUGCCUUCUUAAUGGGAAAAGAUAAUACCUUUACGGCAGAGGUAAUGAAAAGUCUAGAUGAGGCAUAUCAGAAGAAACUUGUUGACAUGUUAAAAACACUGGAUGAUUCCUGAUCCUAUGAAGAGUCAGUUGCAGGAUGAUGUUCACCACACAGGGCAGCAAUACCUCCACAACGGAUGGAAAGCUGGAAGUCAUUUAAAGUCAUUCUCCUACAGAAUGCACUGACAGUGGCUUGACCUACAGACAGAUGAAAGAGUAGCUGCAUGUUACUUGGAGGAACCAUGCUGAAUACAGUGAUACCACAAUACAAACUUCAGUUGAUGGAAAGUGUGUCACUCCGAGAACAUUAAGAGCAAGAUUUGACUGACAGAGUUUCAUUUAUUGUAUUGCUUGCUGGGAAUACAGUUCAUAUGUAGGCACACUACGUCUCUGUAACAUGGCAGCUAUAGUUCUGUCUUACCAGCAAUGUUGGGUGAUAUAAGCCAUGCGAGCUUCAUGUUCAAUGAUUAUUGAAUGUCAUUAAACUGUUUGUUUGGUA